GCGGCCUGCUGAGGCGGCGGCGGCGGGACCGGCGGCACCGGGAGCCGGAGCGAUGUUCGUGCAGGAGGAGAAGAUCUUUGCGGGGAAGGUGCUGAGGCUCCAUGUGUGCACCAUGGAGGGCGCCGAGUGGCUGGAGGAGGUGCCCGAGGACACCACGGUGGAGAAGCUCAAGGAGCGGUGCCUGAAGCACUGUCUUCCUGGGAGCCUGGAGGAUCCCAAAACUGUGACACAUCACAAGCUGAUCCAUGCUACUUCUGAGAAGGUGCUGACAGACACAAAAACAGUGUUGGAGGAGAACAUUCAGGACAGAGAUGUUUUGCUGCUGGUCAAGAAGCGCGCACCAACGCUGCUCCCCAAGAUGUCAGAUGUGGUUGCAGAGGAGAAAAGGAAGCAGGAGCAGAAGGCUCCUGACAAGGAUGCCAUCCUCAAAGCCACUGCCAACCUGCCCGCCCGCAGCGCGGACCGCAGCGUGACCCACCACAACAUGAGGGAUUUUCCUUUCUUGCAGUUCCAGACAGAACUCCGGAAGAUUUUAGUGUCUCUCAUAGAAGUUGCACAGAAACUGCUAGCACUGAACCCAGAUGCAGUUGAACUAUUUAAGAAGGCAAAUGCCAUGCUGGAUGAGGAUGAGGAGGACAGGGUGGACGAGAUCGCGCUGCGCCAGCUCACCGAGAUGGGAUUCCCAGAGAGCAGAGCUGUCAAAGCCCUCAGGCUGAACCACAUGUCUGUGACCCAGGCCAUGGAGUGGUUGAUAGAACACGCUGAUGACCCUUCUGUGGAUGCUCCUCUGCCAGGUGCUGCUCCUGCAGAAGCCCCUGCAGAAGCCCCAGCUGAAGGUGCUGCCUCCUCUGCUGAGGCAGCUGCAGGGCCCAGCUCUGAGGAGGGUGGGGAGGAGGCCAAGGAUGAGCUGACUGAAAUCUUCAAGAAGAUCCGCAGGAAAAGAGAAUUUCGUCCAGACCCACGGGCUGUCAUUGCCCUGAUGGAGAUGGGAUUUGAUGAAAAGGAAGUGGUGGAUGCACUCAGAGUGAACAACAACCAGCAAAAUGCAGCUUGUGAGUGGCUGCUGGGAGACAGAAAACCUUCUCCAGAGGACUUAGAUAAGGGCAUUGACACCAACAGCCCUCUCUUCCAAGCCAUCUUAGAAAACCCAGUGGUACAAUUAGGGCUCACCAACCCUAAAACUCUACUAGCCUUCGAGGAUAUGCUUGAAAACCCCUUGAACAGCACUCAGUGGAUGAACGAUCCCGAGACGGGGCCGGUGAUGUUACAGAUCUCCCGAAUCUUCCAGACACUGAACCGCACGUAGAGGGAGCUGCCAGUGCACUGUGCCACCUCCCCCUGGCCUCACUCCCCCUCCACCUCCUCAGGAGGCUGCCUGGAUGCUUGGGAAGGGGUGGAGGGAAGGGAGGGAAGGGGGAAAUCCUGGCUGGAGGGGUCUCUCACACAAGAGAGUUCGUAGUUACGGCCAACAGGAGUGAGUUGCCUUGUGGAUUUAGUGUUAGUGGAAGAGGUUUGAGGAUUUGUUCAUGUUUUCAGGUAUUAGGUUUAAAAUAAAGUAUAUAUAUUAAAAAAAAAAUAGGAAAAAGGUUUUGUGAAAACAUUUAAGAAUCUGAUUGUUGGAAAGAAAUACUGCUCGUUCAAAAGGCCUGUGACAGUUUUCUGGCCAGUUUUGCUAGGAUCUGGCUGGUGUUUACAAAAGGUCACUGACCACUAGCAUAGGAUAUUAAUCAUCUCCAUACAGUAUUAAUUUAUAGCUCUUAUCAAAUUGCAAAACUGCUUUUUAAAAAAAAAAAAUUGAUUCUUAGGAAAUGUUUUUUAAAAGCCCAAAUCUUGGGAAAGCAAGCACAUUUCUAUCCAAGCUUGUUUAUCUGGCAUUCUAAUUUAAGCAGAAUCAUUCAGAGAUGGAAUUCUAAUAAAUAGCAUUACUUUUUCCUAUUUAUUUGCUGCGUUAGUGUUGUUGCAGUCCCACUGGGGUUGUACUUGCAGGAGGUUCUCUGUCAGGUACCAUAAAGGUGCAGGAUCUUUUUCACCACAGAAUUCACCACAUCAAGACUUGGAUUCCCAAGUGGCUGCAACUCCUAAGCUCACACUCUGCCAUAUCCCAUUGCAAGGUGGGAUAUGUUCACACAGUGGUUUUUUUUCCUAUUUUUAUGUGCACAGUUUUGGCAAGGGGCUUGUGGGGGUUUUAUUCUGUUUACAAAAAAAAGCAGCUGAAUUGCAUGGGGGGUUUGCUGGGGUUCUGUAAAGCAGCAGAACCACACAGGUUUUUAUCUUGUUUAUGGUGUUUAAAGCACGCUUGCAAUUGCUAUCUUUGAGUUAGAAGUGGGGUUUUCUUUAUCCUUUUUUUUACCAUGGUCAUACCAAGAAUGUCAGGCUGGGUCUUUCCUAUUUUGCCAGAAGACUGACUUGAGAUUUCAGAGAGGAAUUCUGAGCUGUUAAGAGCAGAACUCACUGUGAAUAUCCAGCUGAACUCACUGUGAAUAUCCAGCUGGUGUUUAUGAUUGGGCUCUGCAGGUGUUACUUUUUUAACAGUCUGCUAAAAAAAGGAGUUUAUUUUUCAACUUAGUGCAACAUGAUUGACAUCUGUCAUCAUCCCUGCCAUGCCUUGUGCUUCACAGCCCUGCAGGAAAGGCAGAAGAGGCAAAUCUUGCAGAGAAAGCAGGCGGAGACCCUGUGCUUAAACAGCACAAAGGUGUCCUGUCAGACAGGGAGAUCCUGAGCAAGUCACCUCGGAGCUGUGGGAGGGAUUUAGGUGCAGUUGGGUUUUUUUAAACAAAAAUGCAGCAAGAUGCAACCCGAAACCCUACAACAAGUUUUGGCCUGAACUUGGCAUCUGCUCUGUGCUGUUAUGCAGCUGAGGCACUGAAGUUGCCAAUUUCUCAUAAUUAAUAUGAAGGGUGGGGAAAUCAAAACAGCCUGAGAUUUUAUCUUGUCUUACUAUCCCAGGAUUCUUUUAUUUUUUUUUUUUAAUUUUGUAAUUUCAUAUUAAGCUUUACUGUUGAUGACUGCUGAAAUAUUUACUUCUACAUUUAGAAAUUCCAAGCUUUAUAGAGAUGUUCAUUCUGUUCAAAUUGGACAGUAAAACCAUUUUUGUGGGCUCUUGCUAAGAAUAGACUGACAUGACAUGAAAUUAUAACCUUGUCCUGUAACUGAAGCCAGGAGCCUGAUCCUGCACCCCAGUGAGCUCAGCACAGCUACUCAUGAGUAGCUGUGACUGAAUAUUGUGGUCUUAUAAAAGGUUUUGAUUAUUUAAUCCUUUCUUUUUUUUGCUUACUCCUGAAGCUUUUUACCUGUAAUAAUACCAGAAGACUCUUUUACUUGAAGCUCUUAAUGUUAGAGGGAAAUGUCCCUCUCUACAGUCAGGAUUGUGGUUAAUAUUCCUUUUAAUGAGUGUUUUUAGAAGGCAAAGUUGGGAAAAGCUACCCUGUAGUUUGGUGGGAGGAUUUUUGGCUUCUGAAUGGAUAAGGAGAGGUUCAGAAUGAGCAAACAGAUCCUUUGGGCAGUUGUGGCCCUUGAAGAAUGUAAAGGCUUGGGAAAUGCUGGGUUUGGUUUCAGGGGGCCAUGGUUGGACAGCAGAGCUCAGAGGGAUGGAAGUGCUCAGAAUGGCAGCACCCCUCAGUGCCACUGAGCUGUUAUAAAGGGUGGGGAAAAGCACCAGUAAAACAGAUUAUCCUGAUGUGAUAGGAGGUGAGAAUGCCCAGGUUCAGCAGCAGCAGCUGGGAGACCCUAGAGAUAAAGGAAUUCUGCAUUUUAGGGUGCUGGGAGGCUUGAGAAGAUGUGGUUAUUUCUGGAUUUUGUUAUUCCAGAGCUCAGCACUUCCACAGCUGAGGUGUUGUUUGGGGUGGCUUUAACAGAGCCCUGCUUGGCUUGUGAGAACUGAGGUUUGCAGUGGCCAAAAGCUGAAGGAGACCAGAAUUUGGGAGGUGUGGUGUUUGCAGCAAGGCCCAGGAGUUGAUUUAAACCCAGCAAAAACUGCCCUGGUGAGGUUGAAGGAAUUGGUCCAGAAUCAGUGGUGCUGGGGUGUGAAUUACAGCAGGGGCUGUGUCCCAGCACCCCAGGGCUGGGAUUGCUGUUCAUCCCAGAAAAUGCAGAGGGGAGCUGAGUCCCCUGUGCUUGGAAAGGCACAGAUUGGCCCAGGUUUUAGAAAACCUGCAAAAGCUGAGGUGUCAGCACUCUGGAGCUGGAAGGUGCAGCCAUGGGGCCCAGGGAAUGUGUGAGGCUUUGCCUGGUGAGGAGCUGUGCUGUCCCUGGGUGCAGGACUGGGGGAUCUGCUCUGAGGGCAGUGAGAGAUCCCUGAACACACAGGAAAGAUUUUUGUUCAAUAAAACCAGCAGGUUUUGUGAGGAAGAACUGCUCCCAGCAGUGAGGAUUUACAGGCUCAGGUGCCGUGCUUGCACCUCAGGUGUUCAAGUUCCAACUAGCACAGACAUGUCAGAGUUAAUUUUCUCUAAACAUGGUCAAGAGAAAAUUAUUGGAAGCCUGGCAGAUGGAGCAGGAAAGGGAUGGGGUGGUGGGUGACUAAUAGUGUGAUUCUUAAGUUCCUGCUCUUUGCCCCACUGGUAGCCAGACAAUCUUGUACUUUUUGAUGUUGCAGGCCUCUUGCAAGUAGCCAGCUAUUUAUUGAAAUAUAUCUAACUUAUAAUUGUGUCACCAAAACACUGAUAUUUUUAAUGGCAAUGUAUUACAUGGAAGUUUGUUCUCAGGGCUUCGUAUUUAUACUCCUUUUUUAGGGGGAUGCAUUUAAAGGGAUGUAUUUGGAAAAUAGGCCAGUGGCUACUUUACAGCUUGGACCUUGAUUGUCCUGACCUGUGAGCCUGAGCUGGUGUAACUCUCCUGCUGAACCUCUGUCCCUGCUCCAGCCCAAAGAAUCUGCCAUUCCUCCUCUCCUGGUGGGCAGGGAUGUGAGUCUUCCUUUGGGAUUGCUGCAUCCCUGCAUGGGAAUGGUCACACAGGAUCACCCUGCUGGGCUUUGCUCCAUCCCAAGGACGUUUGUGCUCUCCGUGCAGCUGCAGAAUGGACUUGCACAGUUCCCAAAGCAGCCAUCAGGGCUCUCCUCCUCUGGGAAGGUGGGAGCUUCUCUCCUGCACGAGUUCCAGGGCCAUUCCUCCUCUGGGAAGGUGGGAGCUUCUCUCUGCACGAGUUCCAAGCAGCUCGUGGCUGCUUCUUGGCAGCCCCUGUCACAGACCUGACCCAAAGCUUGACACAGCCCUGCCCCUUUCUUUCCUCCUCUCCUGGAACCAAACUUCCAUUUCAAAGAUUGAUUUUCAUAUCCAAGUAACUCUUUAGUGGUUCUUGAAAUCCUUUUUAGUUAGGACUGUUACAAUUACCUUUUUUUAGGCGUUCACACCAAAACAAGCAUCGCACCAAACGAAUGUAUAGCGACACUGUCAGCAAACAUUGCCUGGGGAAGGGGCACAGGUUACUGUGAGCUCUGCUCCAGGGGCAGUUUUCCCAAAGGCUUGUGCACAGGAUAGCCAGUGUUUCAUCCAAAGGAACCAUCCUGGUUUUCUACUUUUAAUAAUAGAUACCAUUUUUAUUAACCAACAGAACAGCUUCCAGCUGGUAUUUCCAUCCAACUGAGAGUCUUGGAGCUUUGGGGCUGGAGAUCCUGCCUGGAUCCCCCUGUCUGAGCCAGCUCCCCCUUGGAAGGGUUUGUGCUGGCUGUCCCCUCCUCCCUGCACUGGGUGUUACAUCCAUGUGAAUGUUCUCGUGGUGGUUCUCGCCUCCAUCCCCACAUCCUGUGUAGCAAAAGGGUUUUUUUAAGGACCUCUUGCCCUAGAUUUGGAGAUCUUCAAUGCAGAUCCUGUUUGCAGCAUGUGAACUUCAGUAAAUGUAAAUGCAUUAAAUUCUUACUGAAUUUGAGUAUAGUUUUAUAUCGAGCUCUGGGGAGAGGGAGGAAAUUGGAUCACGUUUUAAACGAAGCCCCACAAACCCCAAUGUCUCUGUUGCAGCAGGUAACAGAGGCCUGUAGAGAUUUUUAAUUUGCAUAUUUUUAUCAUGGCUUAAUGAACUGUACACGAAUGUGAUUUGCUACCCAGCACUUCCCACGAGGCAGCGCCAGUAAAAUUACAUUGCAAGGUACUGACUUCACAUUUUCUCAUUUCACCUGUGUAUACAGCAAUUAGGUACUGCAUAGGAUAACUUUGAUCUGGCUCUGAUGCCGGUGUGUGGCAUGCACAGCUCUUCCUAAGGUGUAACAUUACUUUUCUGAAGCUUAAACUAGGGCAGACAUCCCUGAGCCUGUGGAAUUCAGGAUUCAUUCUGGCCACGCUCGCAUGGGUCGCUGACCCCUCCCUGAGCAGGAAAACCAGCAGGAUUUGCUCCCUGCAGAAAUCCUCCAGGCCAAAAGCAAGGAAUGCUGCUAAUUUGUGAGCAUUUGAAGCAGUUGCUGUUCUGAAAUAUAUUCCUGGAAGUCAGGGAGGUGUUGGCAAAGCCAGACCUGUUCAGCCUGGAAUUGUUUUGUGUGGAGAUGUGGAACCCAUGGCCGGGGCUGGAAUGAAUGCUGAGGCUUUAAACCUGCUCACACAUAACCCCAGACACUGAUGUUGUGUGUGCUGUACAUUUAUAAUAUAUCUUCAAAAUAAAGUUUUUUGAUUUAUUACAA